AUGUCUAUAAACCUUUUUCAGAAACAUCAGAGAGACGUUCCGGUAUUGUUAAUAAAUGAGCCUCCAAAUCACUGGCUUAACGCUGUGAUGGGUCAAUUAAUUGGUUGGUUCGCCUGGAGUUUUGCCCCUCUUGCUCAGAUUCUAUUGGCCACAAAUCGAAUCACAGCUGUGUUCAUGCCUCAUUUGCAUAUGAAAAAAUAUCGAUUUUCACCUACUAAUAUUGGCAUAAUUGCCGCCCUCUCAGUUGCUGUUUUCCUAUUCCUCGUCCUCCUCCCCGAAGGCUGUCAUUAUCUUUUCAAUGCUGAUUACGUCGGCUGGAUUGGAGAAAUCAGUACAUGCACUGAAAUUGCUCAGGAUAUGUUUCUAGUUUCACUGAUGGUCAUAGCAGCAUUUACAGCAAUUUGUAGUGUUCUUCUAUUUUUUAAAUUAAUUUUGAAUACGCCAAAAAUUAUCCCAUCAUCUUCAUACGUGUCGGCGAUCCCGGCCCGGGUCCGGGAUCGGAGUGCCAGUACAUCGAGAAGGGUGAUUCGAAGCGAUCCACCGACAUGCUCCUCGAUUGCGGAGGACAACGUCGGCGAGUACAACUCUGAAGCAGAAUCCGAGGCAAGUGGGGACCGUCGGCCGGAGCACGUCGCCGCGAGAUACGUGCCAACGCAGCGGAGCGACGAUGGAGGAUAUCCGAACCAUCAUCAUCACGAAGCCUUCAACCGAACAGUGUCCGCAGUAUCACUUCCUGUUGGAAAGCAAUUAAAAGAUAUGUCUGAUAAAACAAUGUACGAACGAGCGAUCGCUCAACUUGAUAGCGAUCCAUUGGUUCAUAAAGAGGUCGCACUUGGUCGCCGGAUCGGCUUCUAUAGGCUUGGCAAGGAACUUGGCGCUGGAAACUUCUCAAAAGUCAAGCUAGGAGUUCAUCAGCUCACCAAAGAAAAAGUCGCGGUCAAAAUCAUGGAUAAGGCAAAAAUGGACCAAAAAGCGCAGAAACUUUUGAUGCGGGAGAUUGAGUCGAUGGAGAAGAUGAAUCAUCCGAAUAUCAUCAAAUUGUUUGAAUGUGUGGAGACGUUGACAAGGGUUCAUCUAGUGGUGGAGUAUGCCAGUGGAGGCGAAUUGUAUACGUUUGUUCAUGAACGAGGAAAAUUGAGUGAAGCCGAUGCGAAACCAUUUUUUGCGCAGAUUGUAUCAGCGGUGGCGCAUAUGCACGCCCGCAACCUGGUCCAUCGAGACAUCAAAGCUGAAAAUGUGAUGUUUGCCAAUCCAACAACCGUGAAACUUGUGGAUUUUGGAUUUUCGUGUCAAGUACAGAGAGAUCAGCUUCUGGAGACCUUCUGUGGAAGUCCGCCAUAUGCGGCACCCGAACUUUUUAGAGACAAGUCCUACUGCGGAGAGCUAGUCGAUGUAUGGGCUCUCGGAGUUCUCCUAUACUUCAUGCUAGUAGGCGUAACACCCUUUAAAGGAGAAACCGUUGCUGAUAUGAAAGUAAUGAUAAUGGACGCCAAAUUUCAACUUCCCGAAUACAUCAGCCUAAUGGCUGGCGAGCUUAUCAAGAGCAUGCUUCGUCCGGAUUUCGAGAAAAGAGCCGAUAUUGAGUAUGUGAAGAAAAAUUUCUGGAUGCGGGAUUGCAGAUUUACAAAGAGCUAUUUGUCAAUCAAAGCUAAUGUGGAAAUCGAGGAUGAGGCCGAGAAAACAGCAGUUAAUGAUAAGGUAUGGAAAAUAAUGACAAGUUUCGGAAUAACUCCUGAAAUGUUGGCGGAAAAUAAUUUGGAUAAAGGACCGAGAGAUUCUAUAAUUGGGACCUAUCGAAUUGUGCAGUUUCAAGUUCAACAUGAAAUGGCAAAGGCUGCUAAAGAAAAGGAUACACCACCAGCUAGCUCGUCGACACUUUCAAAUGGUUCACCGGCAAAAAAUAAUAAUCGAAAGCUGAAAAGUCGAUCGAAAACUUGCUCGAUUUUGUGA